CGUCUUCAACACGGCCUCUUCUCCGUUGGAACUUGGACCGCCGCGCGCGCUGCACCGUCCAUGAGCACCUGCCUGGGGCCCUUGGUGUUUGAGUCGGGCCAAAGUCAUCGCGAGCACAUCCCCUGGCGCCCUUGGCCGUCGCUUGUUGCCCACCCCAUCCUUGCUGCUCCAAGUUGGACCAUCGCUACCGUAUUCUGUUAGGAUAGGCUUGUGACACUCCGGCGUUUCUCAGGGACCCUUGGUAGUUGCUCAGGAGGUCGUAACUCUCGCGAACCAGUCCAAAGAUUAUCAAGAUUAAUUAUGCUGAACCGCAGAGCAGCGGCGUGCCUGAUGCCCGUCCACGCUGCGGAUUCGUGCUACUAAUGAUUUCCGCAAGGUUUGAGAAAAAAACCGGUAUCACUUUCGGCGGCAUUCGCGGAGUCUCAGCGUUCCGCAUGCCGUGAUGGGCUCACGGCGCCGUGACGUUCGAAGCUGUAGUAGAUGGUCGGUUCUCCCCAGGCAGCGCGCCCAAACGCCGCUGCUCCUGCUCGUUGCCGCUGUCACCGCUGUCGCCGCCACCGCCGGCCUGCCGUGCGACGCCAGUCGUGCUGUUGCGCCGCGCCUGGUUCUGGAGGGCGGAUGUGCGAGAUAUAAUGUUGCCGCAUGGUCCCCUCUCGCGUCUGCCGCCCCUCAUACGUCGCUCCCCUCCGCGCGCCGUCUCUUGCAAGUCACGGCCGCCUCGCCACCCGAUCCUCCAGGCAGUGGUCUGCUGUCCCGCCCUCUUCUCAUAUCCCUCAUUGCCGCGUGUGCGGCAGUUAUCCUCGUUAUAGCCACUCUCUGCUUCUGCAUGUUUUGCAGACAAGCAAGGAGAGCGGAGAGCAACUUCGACGAGGCGUUUCUGGCUGAUUACCUCGCCAAGUGCACGCGCCACUAUGACCCCCUGCUCAAGCUUGGCUCGGGGCCCUUCGGGGACUCGUUCCCGUGCUCCGGACCGGACGGCGAGCCUUGGCUCGUGGUUCGGGCCACCCUACCUGGGGGGGUUGCAGGUGCCACGUGGCUGCCUUGGACUGGCGCAGCUGCCAAGACAAGGGCGUUUAACGAGGAAAUCGUCCGUGUGUCCCGCCUGUCGCAUCCCCAUCUGCUGCACCUGAUUGGCUGGAGCGAGCAGCCGCUGCGGCGGGCGGACGGCAGCGGGCGGCGGAGGCAGCCGGGGGAGAGCAUGCGGCAGUGGGCGCAGAUACUGUGGCGGAAAUCGACCGGGCAGGAUACGCAAGGGGAGGGGAAUGGCGAAAAGGAGGUGGCGGAUGGUGGGGGGGAAUUGGGGAAGGCGGGGAAGGGCGGGGAGAGGGGAGGGGAGGGGAGAAAGGGGAGAGUGAGGAGAACCCAGUGCGCCCCAGAGCCGGAUGCAGAGAGGUCAGCAGGCCUCGGCAGGGAGUUGGGGGCAGAGUGUAGGGGAGGGAGAGAGGCAGCAUCGACAUCGGCAUCAGUAGGAGCUGGUGUGGCGGGCGGGAGGCAGGAGGGGCAACGGGAGAAUGUAGCGGGGGGUGAAACUAAGGGUGCUGAUACAGGUGCUGCUGGGGGGGGUGUAGGGGGAGGGGGAGAGCAGGGGGUGCGGGGAGGGGGGUUGGAGGGGGCGCGGAGAGGAGGGGGAGGGAGGGAGCUGGUGCUGCUGUAUGAAUGGUCGAACGAGAAGACGCUUCUGAGUCGCCUGCAGGCGCAGAGGGAGUUGCGGAAACAUGGCAACGACAGCGAUGCAGCCUCCAGUCCCCAACCGCUCGCCUUCUCCCAGCGCUUGGAUAUCGCGACGGCCAUCGCAGAGGCGCUGUGCCACCUGCACACGGCCGCGCACCCCCCCUUGGUGCAUGGCCGCCUCUGCUCCUCCUCCGUCUUCCUCGAAGUGCUGCCAGUGGCCCGGCUGGCGAAUCUCGGCAUUGUCAAGGGGCUUCCCGGCGCUCCCUGUGUGGGUCAGCAGUGCCACGUGGCAGCUCCUCACAGGGACCCAGAUUGGUGGGAGCAUAUGUGGCCAACCACACGCACUGACAUAUACGGUCUGGGCGUCAUAAUGCUGGAGCUGCUAUCAGGCCAUCCAGCCAUGGCCACACACCAUGGCACAGGCAGCACGGUCUACAUGGAUACGAAAUCGAUCCUUGACAGCAUAGCAGCAGACGAUCUCGCUCCUAUCCUAGACCCCUCCAUCACCGCCCACUCCAUGCCGCUCCGUCCCGUCCGCUCCUUCGCCCGCCUCGCCGCCCGCUGUGCGUCCCCCGCCACCCGCUGCCGCCCUGACAUCGCGUCGGUGGUGUCGGAGCUGCAGGGCAUCAGCCGAGCAAUGAUCCGACUCAGCAUGGCGCGCACCACGGCCCACAGCUCGUUCGUGUCCCGCGCUGGCUCACUGGCUGAGUCCUGCGCUGCUGACUCCCCAGAUGGCUCCCCCAGAGACUCGCCUAGAAACACACCUGGAGAAUCACCUGAAGGCUUGAGUGAAGUCUCACAUGCUGGCUUGCCAGACUCGAAGAAAUAAGGCCGGGGUGACCCCGAUUAGCGACAGUGCGGUGAAAGUAGGAAGGAUUCUGGGUAGCAUCUCUGUAUUUAUGAGGGAAAACGGCAUGCACUAUUCAGUUGAAGUUGAGCAAUCAGU